GCCAUCCCUGGAUGCGUCACUUCCCAUUACUUUUCUGUUGCUGGUCCGUUUGCUGCUUUCCAUUCUUGCACAUGUUGAGUGAAAAGUAAAUUUAAAAACAAGAAAAUUUUGUGUUUCUUGUGAUUUUAAUUAUUGAAUAAUUAAUAAUGGGUGGUGAUGAUAUUCUUGGUGUAACAACUGGACAACCUAAUUUAUUGAAACAAGAGUUAUCAAAACUCGAUGUGCAUCAGCUUUCUCCUUUAUCACCGGAAGUCAUCAGUCGUCAAGCAACUAUCAAUAUUGGCACAAUCGGUCAUGUAGCACAUGGUAAAUCAACAAUUGUCAAAGCUAUUUCUGGUGUGCAAACUGUUCGUUUUAAAAAUGAACUGGAACGAAACAUAACCAUCAAAUUAGAGGCUCGUGCUUGUGCAGCAGAUACUAGCAGUGGAGAAAAGGCAGGACUACCAGAUGAGCCAGGCAAAACGAUCAACGCCUGUCAAAAACGGCCCAUAACUCUUGGAUGCUUUCAACCGACAGCGAAGCAGCCAAAAAUUGAGGAUCAGUUAUGCAAUUCUCAAACAUUGACGUACUUAGAAGAAAAAAAAGAAACAGAAGUACAUGACAGUAAUAAUUGUAUUAUAAAAGAAUGUAACACCGUUGAGAAUUAUGAUGAAUUUUCUUCGAGCAAUACUUCAGUUAAGUAUUUUGUUCCAAUAUCAAACUUGCUAAAACUUGAGAAAUUGAAAGAAGUCAGAAUAGUUUUAGAAGACAUUAGUAAAACAAAGAUGAAUUUAAAAAAUAAUAAAAAAAAAGUCAAGUCUGGGAAUAUAUAUGAAGUCGAAAGAAUAUUAGAUAAAAGAAUUAUGAAUGGAGCAAUUUUUUAUUUAGUUAAAUGGAAGAGUUGGAAUAUGGACAAUACUACGUGGGAACCAAUUAAACAUUUAAAUGAUUGUGCAGAGGCACUGAAUGAUUUUGAGAAAAAUAGAUUUAAAUCAUUAGAAGAGUUUCAAAUGAAAAUUCAAUUUUACCCAAAAAAACGAGAUGUAGAACGAUUCAUGAAGAAAUUAGUCAAUAAUGGUGAAGAAUUUGAUGACUCUCAAAUGACGGCAGAAGAUAAUUUAUUCAAGAAGAUAAAGCAAUACAAUAGAACGUCUCAGAGCAAGCGUGACAGUUGUUUAGAAAAGAUUAAGGAAGGUAUCUUACGAUUGAUGCUCACUAAGGCAAGAAGAGAGCAGGCCAACUCUUUGAAAGAUUGGGAAAACGAAAUCAACAGCAUAACGCAAGGUAAACCUACGAUACGCGUUGAAAAUAUGGUAGAUUUGGAAUGUGCUCCACAAGAUUUCUUGUAUAUUGAAGAUUAUUUGCCAGGUUCAAACGUAACUAUUCCAGAAGAUCCACCAAUUGGCUGUGAGUGUUUGACUUGCGAUUCAAAAACUAGAUGUUGUUUUGCUCAAUGUGAGAGUUCAUUUCCUUAUACGUCAACGGGUAAAAUUCGUUUGCCUCCCGGUACACCAAUAUAUGAGUGUAAUAAACGUUGUCGCUGCCCUCCAGACUGCCAAAACAGAAUUGUUCAGCGAGGUUCUCAAGUGAAAAUUUGCGUCUUCAGAACGUCAAAUGAUAGGGGUUGGGGUGUAAAAACAUUGAGAAAAAUCAAGAGGGGACAAUUUGUUACUCAGUAUGUUGGAGAAGUCAUCACUAAUGAAGAGGCUGAGAAACGUGGUAAAGAAUACGAUGCUGCUGGGCGAACUUAUUUAUUUGAUUUAGACUAUAAUGACACAGAAGACCAGUGUCCCUACACUGUUGAUGCAGCUGUCUACGGAAAUGUUUCGCAUUUCAUUAAUCAUUCUUGCGAACCGAAUUUAGCAGUUUACGGCGUCUGGAUUGAUUGCUUAGAUCCAAAUCUUCCGAAACUGGCUUUAUUUGCUACAAAGGAUAUUGAACAAAACGAAGAACUUACAUUUGAUUAUAUGUGUCAAUCAAUUAGAAUGCAUGAAAAAAAUAAAAUUUCUACAUCUCAAACCCUGAAUGGGACUCUAAAUGUUCCAUCAGAAUCGCGAAAAAGAUUAGAGCUACCAUUGACCUUGUCUAAUGAUAUAACUUUAGAAAAUCGGACUAGAUGCCGUUGCGGUUCAAAGGUCUGUAGACAGUAUUUAUUUUAAUAGGGUUUUUCGAAUGUUUAAUGAAUUAAUAAGUUCAUGUUUUAGUGAAAUUUUUAACAAAAAGAAAAAGUAAAAUAUUUCGCAUAUCUAUCAUUAUUUUGUUCUUUAGCUCAUGUAUAAACUUUAAAUGAGUGUCAUACUGAUCAUGUGUGCAGAAACGAAGCAAUUAUUGAUUAACACAAAAAUCACUCAUAUAUAUUUAUAUGUACUUUCGGAAAGGCAAUCUAUACAUGUAGCUUUUGAUACAACAUAUUUCAUAUUACACUUCUUAUGCAACGUUAAUAAUUACUAUUCAAUUUUUUACUUUUUUACAUUCAAGUAAUCACAUUAAAAUGAACUUUUAUAAACAUAUUGACGUCAAUAAAAAUCCAAUUUAUUUUUAUCAAAAAAAAAAAAAAAAAAAAAAAAAAAAAAGACUUUUUUGUAAAGAUCUUCUUAGGGGUCCUUUAUAAACCACGUAGCUAAUGCCCCAUCUAACAGUGUGCUACAUGGAGGGAUGGGGAAUUUAAUGUUUCCAAAAAAAAGUUGGCUACGUAGUUUAUGGACAACCCCUUAAAAAGAAGAUCAAGUGUUUGCACGUUAUACCUUACAACUAAAAAUAUUCAAGCACAAAGGAAUUUGAAUAUCCCAUCUUUAUUCUUUAUCGUUUCCUUAUAUAAUAAAUUAUAUUAUACUUAAUAUGACAAAAGAAUGUAGCCAUUUUAUAGGAUUUUUAUAAGUGUAUUAUGAUUUUCUACUCUGGGUUCUUUAUAAAGAAACAAUAGCACAUAAUUUUCAAGAUAAAAAUUUUAAAAAUGUAGAAUAUUGUUAUUUUCAAUUGAUUUAGAUUCGGAAUUAACAAUUCUUUUCAACAACAAGAAUAUUUUUCCCAUGUAAAAAUAUAUGAAAAUUUGGUGCUCCUUGCCCCAAAGAUUAACGAUAAUAUGUAUAAAAAACUGCUGUUAUAGUUUUUAGGUUUUAUAAUAAUCUUUAUUGUGACAAAUUUUCAAUUUAAGUAUAUUAAAUUCAAUUUUUAUUCUUCGAAUCAGUUUUUCCAUCUACUUUUAAAUCCACGAUGUAGAUAGUCAAAAAAAGAGAAUAUAUCUAUUUUAAUUUAAACUAUUUUAUUAAGAAAUUCAAUUUUUAACCUCAUAAAUUUUAAAAAAAUUUUGCACAGUAUCUAUCAAGUGCUCAGAUUAAUUUUUAAAAAAGUAUAUUAAAAAUUGUACAAGAUCUUUUCUACUUAAAAUAAAAAUAGUAAAUUAUUUCUUUCUUCA